AAAGUGCGAAUCAAAACACUUAUUCCAUAAUCAUUAAACACUAAUUAGUAAUUACACCCCAAAAGGUUUUCUACUUCUUGAAUCUUUUACUGUAAGUACUGAUAUAUAUUUCCAAUGGAUGUCUAUAUAUCGGAAGAGUAUGUCAACCGCCGGAGAAUGGAGAAAAAAGCUGCUUUCGUUGCCGGGAAAAACAUUAUGUUAGGCUCUGGUUCAUCCAAGAAACCGGAGAAGAGAAAUAGUAGUAAUCCUCGGAUGUCGGUAUCUCGGCAGGAGAAUGAGUUUUGGGUUACCGGCGGUGGUGUUUAUGAGAGUUUUGUGUUCCACUGCUUCUCGCCGUGAAACCCAAACCGCUAGGGUUAAGUGUUCAAAACACAUACGCAAGAUCGCAUAUGCAUGGGCAGUUUAUUAGUUGUAGCUCUUGUAUGUCUUGGUUUUAACAUUUACUUAAAAAAUUAGCAGUAUGAUGUUUUUCUUCUUAACAAUGUGUUAACCGUUAUUCACCAAUCACAACUCUUUGGUUAA